AUGAUUGGGGUAUUUAAGAUAUUAAUUCGUUCUGGCAAGAAAAUUCAAAAUUUAUUUAAACAUUUACCACUACCUGAUUGUCAAAAUUUAAAAAAAACUACUUAUAAUGGUUCAGAAAUACAAAAAAAAACGAAGAAAAACAUAAAGAGCAUAGGGAAUAACAAAUGUGAAAUGGCUGGUCCAUGUUCAAUUAAUGAAAAUUCAAAUGCUCAAAAAUAUCUUCCCAAAUAUUCAGCAAUUAAAGUGAUACGUAAAUAUAAACUUAAUUAUUUGCAAAAAGCAAAUGUUUUUAAAGAAAUUCGAAUUAUGCAAGAUGUUGAUCAUCCAAAUAUUGUUCGUUUUCUUAGUUUUUUAGAAAAUGAUGAUUAUUAUUUUCUUAUUCUUGAACUCCUCGAAGGAGGCGAAAUUUUUCAUCAAAUUGUUCGACUUACAUACCUAUCAGAAGAUCUUUCUAGACAUAUUAUUCUACAAGUUGCUCAUGCUAUACGCUAUCUUCAUGAAAAAAAAGGAAUUGUUCAUCGAGAUAUUAAACCAGAGAAUAUUCUUUUUAGACCAAUUCCAUUUAUCCCUAGCAAAUCCCCUAAGAUAAGGACAGGAGAAAGUACUAAUAAACAAGAUGAAGGUAUAUUUAUUAAAGGUAUUGGUGCUGGUGGUAUAGGGCAUGUUAAAAUCGCAGAUUUUGGACUUAGUAAAGUUAUUUGGGAUAAACAAACAAUGACUCCUUGUGGCACUAUUAGUUAUACUGCUCCUGAAAUUUUAAAAGAUCAAAAAUAUUCUAAAUGUGUUGAUAUGUGGGCUUUAGGUUGCGUUCUUUAUACGCUUCUUUGUGGGUUUCCACCAUUUUAUGAUGAAAACAUUCAAGUUCUCUCAAGAAAAGUUGCUCAAGGUGAAUAUUCUUUUUUAAGUCCUUGGUGGGAUGAAAUUAGCAAAAGUUCUCAAGAUCUUAUUAGUAAUCUUUUAAGAGUAGAUCCCAGAGAGCGAUAUACCAUUGACCAGUUUUUAAAUCAUCCGUGGAUCCUAGAAUCCAAUAAAGAGACGCAAUUUACACAUGACAUGUCUUGUAUUUCUAGUACUCUAACUACAGAUUCUACUAUUUCUUUAAAAUCUAAACUCAAAACUCCUUUUGCGUUUAAAGGAUCUCGAAAGGAUUUUGGAUCUCUGAAUAUUAUUCCUCUACGUAAAGCAUUUGAUAUUUCAUAUAUGGUUCAACGUAUGAAAGAAGAAAAUGCAUUUCAUAUGCCUAUGAUAUUAAAUAAUAAUUUUGAAAAUACUGAGAAAAUCAACUAUUUUAUUAAAGAAGCAUUGCAAAAAAAUAUGCUUUCAAAGGCAUUUAAAAAAGACUUUUAUUCCGAAAAGAAGAAUUCAAAGAAUAUAUAUAUAAAUCAUAAAGAGGAAUAUGAUACAUUUACAUAUCCUGAUUAUUUUUCACUCACUCAAUCAUGUACUGAUCAUUCUUUACAAAAAUCUCAUGAAUCUCAAUUUGAAUUAUCUUUAGAAAAAUCUUCUCUCUUAUGUCGCAGAAAAGCUCUUAUUGCUGUCGAUAUUUAA